AUGCGACACUUUGGACUCAACACCGAACCACUUGUGUCGUGUGACAUCGAUGGUGUCCCUCAUCUCAUGCUGGCAGACACUGGAGCAACAUACUCCUGUCUGCGGACCACACAGCCACUUUCAGAAAACUCCACUAUGGUGGUGGGAGUUACGGGGUCCCCAAUUAGACAGUCCUUCACCCAACCCCUCCGUGUGACGCUGGGAAGCCACACAGUUUCUCAUGCAUUCCUCUCUGCCCCAACAUGCCCGGCCAACUUAUUAGGACGUGACUUGAUGUGCAAACUCAAGUUGAAGAUUUAUCUCGAUGAAAAGGGGGUCCAAAUCUCCUCUGAAGUCCCAGAAACCACAAGACAGCAUCCAAUUCGUAUCCUAUUCACUGGAGAAACACCCCAACCGCAGGAUCAAGAAGUGUUUUGGCUCAGAUUGAUGCCCACUGGCCCCUCAACACCACACAUCCAGUUCCUGUUCAAUACAUACAAACCUAAAAUGUAUGCCUUACACCCAUACACAACUCCCCUCUCACACAUACACUGCACUCUUAAUGUCACCUCGAACCCUGAUGAACAAUAUGAGGAAGACUGGGACGAAAACAUGGCUCAUCUACAACCCAAGAUCACAUGUUCAAGUAUAGUGUGUGGCAAGGAAGGAGUCGCUGCAGAGGUUAAACUGGAUGACUUUGCUGAAGAAUGGUACCAGCUCACAGAAUCUGCUCCACAUGUAACACUAACUGUGGGAUUUGGCUAUGAAGCUCGCAGUCUAGGCCCCAUGAUGAAGAGAGCACAAGGUUUGACCUGGAUUGCCACUACAGACCCAGAAGUUCUCAAGGCCGCCACUGAAGACAUGUGGAAGUUCAACAUCCCUGCCACCACGGAAACCACACUCCCAGAACACUUGCCCAUACCAAGACAUCACGGUUUGUCCUGCACUGGCCACACCAGACUACACCAAGCCAUUUCAUCUUGA